AUGGCUUUCAAGACCGCCAGCUUUGUGCUUUACCUUCUGGGCCCGACCCUUACCUUUGCUCAGGAAAAGCGCGGACUCGCUUACAACGACGGUGCUCUCGCAAAUCUCUUCAGCGGACAUAGUCAAGUCUCUUGGGGCUACAAUUGGGGCUCUGAUGGCAACGGCCUCGAUACUGCACUGAAUUUCACGCCAAUGCUAUGGGGGCUAGCUUCCCGCCUGAGUCCAGAGUGGACAGCGGCCGUGGAAGGAGAGGGUGUUGAGGCCAUCCUUGGCUUCAAUGAGCCCGACCUCGAUGCACAUUCGAACAUUACCCCUUCUGAUGCUUCCCGCCGGAUACCUGUGACAAACGGGUCUCCUCCAAACAUGGGAAUUGGGUGGAUGGAUCAGUUCUUCGAGCACUGUACGACGUGCACGAUCGACUUCGUGACGAUUCACUGGUACGCGAACAAUGACCCACAGGGUUUCAAGUCACACGUGCAGCAAUUCUACGACAAGUACAGGCUCCCAAUCUGGAUUACCGAAUUCGCAGCAAGUGGCUCUGAAGAGGAGCAGAUCUCGUUCCUGCAGGCUGUUCUCCCUUGGCUCGACUCGCAGCCCUAUGUCGAGCGAUACGCGUAUUUCGGUGUUUUCCCGGGGUUUUUGGUCAAUGAGAAUGGAGAUGGUCUUUCGCGGCUGGGCCAGGUGUAUGCCACGUGCAGUAGAUAG